AUGUCCGACCAAGGCGCCUCGCGUUUCACUCCGCAAAACAAGUCGACGCACGAGCGCCUAUCGACAAACACUGUUGGUCUUGUCGCGCUAUCCGACUUUCGCAAACGAAGAGCAGAGGUGCUCGAGCAGCAGGAGCGAGAAGCUCGCGAGGCAGCAAUCUCAGGCACGUCCACACCGGACCGUUCUUUGACAGGCACUCCUGACAACGCCGGCAGUGACUCCAACAGCGGCAUUGGUUUGCGGCCGCUGAAGAAAAAGAAGAAGCAGGGAAAGAAACUACUGUCCUUUGACGACGAGGAAGAUGCCGACAGCGAAGCUAGCGCCAACACUGGCCCGAAGACCAAAGCGAAGGAUACGGAUACAGACCACGAUAGAGAGACGAGCAAGAGCAAAAUCAAAGCAAAUGCGAGUAUUGGAAUCGUUCCAAAAUCCGUGACGAAAUCCGCAUUGCGAAAAGAAGCUGCCGAGCGAGAAGCCCUGCGACGCGAGUUUGUGGCAGUUCAGGAAGCUGUCAAGGCUACCGAAUUUGCGAUUCCUUUUGUAUUCUACGAUGGAGCGCACACGCCGGGUGGAAGCGUACGAAUGAAGAAGGGAGACUUUGUCUGGGUGUUUUUGGACAAGAGCCGCAAAGUUGGUGCCGAGCUGGGCGUCGGCGAUCAAAGUAAUGCACGCCGAGCUUGGGCACGGGUUGGAGUGGAUGACUUGAUGCUCGUAAGAGAUACGGUUAUUAUUCCACAUCAUUACGACUUUUACUUCUUCGUCAUGAAUAAAAGCACCGGGCCUGGUGGCCGCCGAUUAUUCGACUAUAGCUCCGAGGCACCCAAGGGGAGGGAACCGGUCAAGGAUGAACUCGACCCAUCUGCUGUCGACCAUCUCAGCACAGCGGCGUCGCGGGCAGCUGCGGCGAAGUCUUUGAUGGAUAUCAGCACCCUUGAAGGGGCAUCGGAAGAUCCCACACUGACCAAAGUGGUGGAUCGUCGCUGGUAUGAGAGAAACAAACAUAUAUACCCGGCCAGCACUUGGCAGGAGUUUGAUCCAGAGAAGGACUAUACCAGCGAGGUUCGGAAGGAUACCGGCGGCAACACGUACUUUUUCUCGAAAUGA